AUGGCACUCCCCACCCCCUCCUCCGCCAUCCACCUCGCGCAUCUCCACCAAACACAACCAUCUCAUCCUCCUCCUACAUCGGCCAGUCUCACCACUCUCUUGCCUCUCCAAGCAGUACAUGAUGACAUCUUGGACUGCCUCCUCGAGAUAGCUCCUUGGACCUACCUCUCUCUCUCCCGGACAAUACGGGAAGACGGUAAAGCCCGCCUGUCAGCUCCGAUCGACUUUGACGGUCCGCUUCUCUCUCGCCUUUACGAUACGAUCCAGGGGCGCCAGGACGUCAGAUGGCUCUACCGCGUCACUUGGUCUCAUACCGUUCGUUUCCCAACCUACCGCCUGUUCGCAAUGACAGCCUGCCUUCUCGGUCAGGCGGAACGACAAAGAUGGGGCCAGCGUCAACCUGCUGAAGCGAGGUAUCCCUGUCGAGAUUUUCCAACUUCCCUCUUUGCGCGAGCCACCUGCAUCGAGAUCACUAUCGACGAAAACGCUUCUCUCUCUUUGUUGUAUCAGCAGAUCAGCGCCGAACUCGACCCAUCAAACUCUGUCAGCGGCAUCAAUGACAUCGGCUUGCACUUGGGCUCAGACUGGCAAGACUUGGCCAUCUGCUUGUCAGACAAUCUUCUCCGUGCCAACAACGACGACAAAAUCGGAGACGGCUUCACGGGCUUUCACUGCUUUGACACCCACGUCUGCAUGAAGUACGUUUUUCAUACCUACAAGGUAACAUUUCUACUCGCCAUCUCCGAUAUCAAUUUCCCAAAUCCUUCCUCCCUCUCUCCUAUCCUCCUCCUCCAGCUUCUUGAAUCUGCUUGCGACGCCUCGCAUACUGUCGACGAUGUCAUCAGCAUCGAUAUCCCUACCAGCGGCGAUCUUCGUCGGGUUGCUAUUGGGGCUAUCGUUCAACUUGUCGCGGGCACCCCUGGUCAUCCUGAUCAUGGGCCAGGGGUACAGGUCACAUUGCAGGUGGGAGAGGGGGUUGGCGAUGAGGUAUGGGAAGCGGUCAGCCCGCGGGUGUCUGCGCGCAGGCUUGCCAGGCUGAAGGACAUGUUUUGCUUCAAGGAUUGA